CCUAAGCUUUGACCAAUCUCCAAAUUCAGUGCAACUCCAAAAACCAAAAGAACUAACUAUCUAUUUCUCAUAUACACAUAGUUUAUUACCAUGGCUGAAGAUCCACAAGAUGUAGCUGAUAGAGAGCGAAUUUUCAAGCGCUUUGACGCGAAUGGCGAUGGCCAAAUCUCGUCUGCAGAGCUCGGAGAAGCGUUGAAAGCACUUGGAUCGGUCACCGGAGAUGAAGUGAAAAGAAUGAUGGAGGAGAUUGAUACUGAUGGAGAUGGAUUUAUUUCUUACGAGGAAUUUACGCAAUUUGCGAAAGCAAACCGUGGUCUAGUCAAAGAUGUUGCGAAGAUUUUUUAAGUUUUUUUCAUACGUUUAACCUAUACCUUUGUUGGUUAAUUUCAUUAGAAUUUAAGAAAAAACUAGUAUGUGUGUGUAUGCAUGGUUAUUUAUAUAUACAUGAUGACAAUAGUAUGUUCUUUAAUUUCAUGAUUAUGCUAUACUUUCUUUUGGAUA